UUUCAAAUCUCAUUGGCUUGGUUGUCAUGUGGUCGGCAGAGGCAUCCACAAUUACACGGGGAAUGUUUUCCUAGAGAUGUCAGCGUACAAAGGACACAAUCUCUCUUCUUCAAAUUCCUCCCCAAAAUGUCCUUUCCCAACAGCUCUCCUGCUGCUAAUACUUUUUUAGUAGAUUCCUUGAUCAGUGCCUGCAGGAGUGACAGUUUUUAUUCGAGCAGCGCCAGCAUGUACAUGCCACCACCUAGCGCAGACAUGGGGACCUAUGGAAUGCAAACCUGUGGACUGCUCCCAUCUCUGGCCAAAAGAGAAGUGAACCACCAAAAUAUGGGUAUGAAUGUGCAUCCUUAUAUACCUCAAGUAGACAGUUGGACAGACCCGAACCGAUCUUGUCGCGUAGAGCAACCUGUUACGCAGCAAGUGCCCACUUGCUCCUUCACCACCAACAUUAAGGAAGAAUCCAAUUGCUGCAUGUAUUCCGAUAAGCGCAACAAACUCAUUUCUGCCGAGGUCCCUUCGUACCAGAGGCUGGUCCCCGAGUCCUGUCCCGUUGAGAACCCCGAGGUUCCCGUCCCUGGAUAUUUUAGACUGAGUCAGACCUACGCCACCGGGAAAACCCAAGAGUACAAUAAUAGCCCCGAAGGCAGCUCCACUGUCAUGCUCCAGCUCAACCCUCGCGGCGCGGCCAAGCCGCAGCUCUCGGCGGCCCAGCUGCAGAUGGAGAAGAAGAUGAACGAGCCCGCCGGCGGCCCGGAGCCCGCCAAAGUCUCCCAGGUGGAGAGUCCCGAGGCCAAGGGCGGCUUGGCCGAGGAAAGGAGCUGCCUGGCCGAGGUCUCCGUGUCCAGCCCCGAAGUGCAGGAGAAGGAAAGCAAAGAGGAAAUCAAGUCUGAUACGCCAACCAGCAAUUGGCUCACUGCAAAGAGUGGCAGAAAGAAGAGGUGCCCUUACACUAAGCACCAAACGCUGGAAUUAGAAAAAGAGUUCUUGUUCAAUAUGUACCUCACCCGUGAGCGCCGCCUAGAGAUCAGUAAGAGCGUUAACCUCACCGACAGGCAGGUCAAGAUUUGGUUUCAAAACCGCCGAAUGAAACUCAAGAAGAUGAGCCGAGAGAACCGGAUCCGAGAACUGACCGCCAACCUCACCUUCUCUUAGGUCCGACCCCAGGCUGAGGCCGGGAUCCAAGAGGGAGCACCGCGGCGUUCUGGGACCAGUGCUGGAGGACUGAGAAGGCGGAACAAAAUCUCCAUUGCUCUUUGUUUUGUUUUGUUUUGAAUUGUUUUCCUGCUAGAAUGUGACUUUGGGGUCAUUCUGUUCGUGCUGCAAGUGAUCUGUAAUCCCUAUGAGUAUAUAUAUAUAUAUAUUAAAACAAACUUAGCACGUGUAA